AUGGGUCCGGCUGUUCGAAUCGUCGAAGUCGGCCCACGGGACGGCCUUCAGAACAUCCGAGACACAAUACCUACUUCAAUUAAGUUGGAAUUGAUUCAACGGCUCCAGAAGACAGGACUACAAGCUAUUGAGCUGACGUCAGUCGUCUCACCGAAAGCCAUUCCUCAACUGGCGGAUUGUCGUCAGGUCUUGCGUAACCCGGACAUCAAGAGACUCUUGGAUAGCUCGCAACUUCGGCUUCCUGUUUUGGUUCCCAAUGCUAAGGGACUCGAGAUUGCCAUACAGCACGGCGUUCGAGAGAUUGCUGUGUUCAUCAGUUCUACAGAGGGAUUUAGUAAAGCCAAUAUCAACUGCACUGUUGCGCAGGGAAUUGAACGGGCUACCCAAGUGGCAUCCCUGGCUAUACGUUCUCAAAUCGCUGCGAGAGGCUAUGUGUCCUGCAUUUUCGCUGAUCCGUAUGACGGUCCAACUCCAUUACCAGCAGUCCUCCGCUGUGUAAAGGCCCUCCUAGAUGCCGGCUGCUACGAGGUUAGCCUCGGGGAUACCCUAGGCGUUGGCUCUCCUUCAAACGUGCGCGAGCUCAUCAACUACCUGACCAGCAACGGUAUCCCGCCAGAGAAGCUAGCAGGCCACUUCCACGACACUUAUGGACAAGCCGUAGCAAACGCGUGGGAGGCCUUCAAUAGCGGAAUCCGAGUGUUCGACAGCAGUGUCGCCGGUCUGGGUGGAUGUCCAUUUGCACCAGGAGCAAAAGGAAAUGUCGCCUCCGAGGAUCUGGUUUACAUGUUCCACAAUGCGGGUAUUUCAACAGGCAUCGAUCUCCCAAAGCUAGUCGAAACGGGUGUAUGGAUAUCGAAACAACUUCUGAAGAACAACUCAAGUCGAGCCGGAACGGCUCUGGCAACCAAAUUACAGCUGGCAGCCCCAAGCACACAAUCCAAACCAAGAGCUCCCGGCCUCAAAUGGGACCUUUGCAACGAAACACAGGGUUUACAGAUCUACCGAUCAGGCGUGAACUUGAAAAUCGUCCUCAACAGGCCCAAGAACGGAAACACCCUGACAGCAACCAUGAUCUCGGAUUUGACAUCGGUGAUCUCAAAUGCCAGUUCUGAUCCCUUAACCUCCCGAAUCGUCAUUACAGCCAAUGGAAAAUUCUUUUGCACGGGAAUGGACCUCGGCAAGGGAAGCACAGCCGUUGGAGAAGGCGGAUCGAGCAGCGACGCACAAUUCACGGGUUUAACGCGACUCUUCGAGGCAAUUGAUCAAUGUCCUAAAGUCACCAUUGCGGCGGUGAAUGGGCCUGCGUUUGGUGGUGGAGUUGGUUUAGCUUUCUCGUGUGAUAUACGGACAUUUACACAAGGAGCGAAUGUCACGCUGAGCGAGGUGAAGCUAGGACUUUGUGCGGCAACGAUAUCCAAAUAUGUUAUUCGAGAAUUGGGGGUUGCAUUUGCACGAGAGGUGAUGCUUUCUGCGAGAGCGGUUACUCCUGGUGAGUUGAAGGGGUUGGGAAUUAUUUCUGAGAUUGCCUCGGACCAGGAGAAUCUGCGGGUUAGAGUUGAUGAGCUUUUGAUUCGCCUUAAAGCUGCUUCGCCUAAUGCUUCGCGGAUGUCGAAGGAAUUGGUUCGACUUGCCUGGGCGCAUGGAGGAGGUGAUGCACAAGCUGCUGGGAUUAAAGGGCUAUUUAAAGAGAUGAUGCGGUCUGAUGCAGAUGGAGCAUAUGGCGUGAAGGAAUUCCAGGCGAAGAGGAAGGUAGAUUGGGAUGCCUAUGUUCUAGGGCCGAAGCCCAAGCUGUAA